AUGGUGUACGUCGAGCGUUAUUGCAAAAAACUUAUGUCGAUUACAAGUGCAGGAGCCAAUACGAUCGACGAUGUUCUCAAGCUUCAGCGUGUUAUGAUCGACGUGCUCGGUAAAUCCGGCUUGGAGCUGAAAAAGUGGUCCAGUCCUGCGGUCCUCGACAGUGUACACGCGUCUGCCCGUGUGACGGGUCCGUUACCUUUUGAUGCUGUGGAUGGGAGCGGCUUCAAGGUCCUCGGCCUGCAAUGGCAGCCGACAGAUGAUGUUUUUGGGUGCGCCCUUCGUUGCGACUCACCAACCGUAUUCACUAAAAGCGGCGUUUUAUCGUUAAUCGCGUGUAUUUUCGAUCCAUUGGGCUUGUUCUCGCCGGCCACCUUCUACGCGAAGCAUAUAAUACAGCGGACGUGGUCAUGCAACCUUGGAUGGGACGAUCCUCUUCCGAACGAUAUUCAUCAAGAAUAG